AUGGGAGGACAUUUGGGACACCGGAAAACGUUAGAUCGUAUUAUGUCGCAGUUUUUUUGGCCCAACCUCCAUGCUGAUGUAAAACGUUACUGUCAAUCUUGUGACGUGUGUCAGAAAACUACGCCCCGGGGAAGGGUAGGCAAGGUCCCUUUAGGACACAUGCCAUUAAUCAGCAUACCAUUCCAGCGCGUAGGCGUAGAUCUGGUGGGUCCCAUUAUGUCUGAUAAUCCCCGAAAAUAUCGGUAUAUUUUGGUACUCGUGGAUUAUGCCACUCGAUAUCCCGAGGCUUCUCCACUCAAAAAUAUACGUGCUGAAACUGUCGCUGAGGAGUUAGUCAACAUGUAUAGUCGGGUUGGAAUCCCUAAAGAAAUUUUGACAGAUCAGGGGAAACAGUUUAUUUCUGAUGUCAUGAGGGAAGUAUCCCGACUGUUCGUGCGUCAGAUGACGACAUCACCCUACCAUCCGCAAACUAAUGGAUUGGUUGAGAAAUUUAAUGGGGUUCUAAAACGAAUGUUAACCCGGAUGUGCGAAGAAAGGCCCAAUGACUGGGAUCGUUAUAUAAGCCCCCUCCUGUUUGCGUAUAGGGAAGCCCCUCAAGCUAGCUUAGGGUUUUCGCCAUUUGAACUUUUGUAUGGCCGUACUGUUCGAGGUCCCAUGGCAAUCUUGCGCGAGCUCUGGACUAAUGAGAAUGUAGAACCUGAAACUAAACUUACAUAUACUUGUGUUCUGGACCUCAGAAACAGAUUAGAACAAACUUGCGAAAUGGCUUUAAAAGAGCUGCAUAAAUCUAGUGAUAUAUAG